AUGCGUGUCUCCAUCGUCCUCGCUGCCCUUGCUGCUGUUGCAUCCGCCACCUCUGUUAGCAAACGCCAGAUCCCCGACUGCGCGACGACAUGCAUUAUGUCUGCCGAUGUCGGUACCUGCGGCAGGGAUAACACUUGCUUGUGCAAGUCGGACGCUUUCGUCAACUCGACCUACAGUUGUAUCGCCAGCACCUGCAAAGGCAAUGAUCUUGAGCAGGCUGUGGCUGCUGCUCGUGCUCUUUGCAUCGCUGCUGGUGUUACUUUGACUCAAACCGUGCCCGCCUCCACCGGAGCCACUGGAACAGGGGCCACUCCUACUGCCACAUCCCCACUACUUCGUCUCCCACCACCACCUCGUCGGGAAGCAAUGGUGCCAUCAGUCUCUCUGGUUCCCCUAUGA